AUGAACAAUUUGAAAAACAUACGAAGUGCUAGCCAGACGAGGUCAAACAGAUCAGGAAGCAGAUCGUUUUUGGGCUCGGGUAGAAGUUCCACUUCGACUUCGAGAUCAGGCUCAAGGUCACGUUCGGCUUCGAAUAGGGGAUCUUUCAAUGUACGAGAUUCUGUGGACAAUUACUCGUUUACCGGCUUGCAAGCACCGGAGAAGAGAAUGGCAUUUGAUGGUCCGGAAGAACGAAAUCUCGAAAAAGAAUUGGAAAAGACGUUUUGGAGAAAAUUCCGUGAAAAUGUGGUAGACAACGAUAAUGCUUGGAUUAAGCUCUUUCUCUUUGCUUCUUUCAUAUCAGCCAUUGUAAUCCUUGCGAUUGAGUGCACUAUAUGUGGAUUGUUCUUUAGCAGUUUCAGGUUGAUAGAAUCAAAAAGUGACGACUUUAAUCCGGUGUUAGCCAUUUACGGGUAUUACAGAUCCUAUCUAAAACAAAAGAGAUAUGCUAUGGGUGCAUACCUAGCACUUUAUAUCUAUGCGGAACUUUACCAGAUACUGACCACCUUCAUUGUUCUCUAUACUAGGAAUGUUUACCACUUGGCAUCCUCAAUUUUGUUUCUUGCUGCAAUGGCAAUAUAUGCGGGCAUUCAGUAUAACGAGAUCAACACGACAAUCACUAGUUUUGCAGCAUACAGUCAACUGUUUACCUCGACAUCUGACGCUUUUGGGUCUGGGACCGCUGCUGCAAAAGUUCACAUCAAAAGCCUAUCCAUUGCGGUGAUUAUCCUUGCGUCCUUGGUUUGUGUCAUUCAGUUUGGAAUUGGGUUUAGAUUAAAAGACAAGUUUCAAAAAUUCACGGGAGAAACUAUUGGCAACAAUUGGAAAAUGAUCUACGCGAAUACAGUGUUCAACUUACAUCGCGAUGCCUUAUUGCUGGCUUUAUUUUUUGCACCAGGAUACUUUCUUCAAGCCGCGGUUAUAGCACCGAACAAAUCAGAUGCAGAAUUUGGUUUGACACUGGCUGCUCUGUUUCUUUCGGUGUUUGUUAUUGUUGGUGCAGACUACUCCACGUCAAGGGAAAAGAAAAUAACUUCCACGUUCUUCUCAAUGUGCUGUACCAUUGGGUUGGGAUUUAUAAUAUUCAAGAUUGUGAGGGUGUAUCUUCGCUAUCAUUCAACUUAUCAAGAUUUACCUGGAAGGCAAUCAGUUGUUGCUUUCGGAGUUAUAACUAGCGCAAUUCUACUUUGUUUGAUGGUCUUACUGUUUCAGGUGAUAAAAAACUUUGGAUUGGGAUUGUUUGACAUUUACGCAGGAAACUAUAAUUGGUUGACACGAGCGCAUAGAGGUCACAGAAGAAACAAUGCCAAAGGCUAUUCCAAGGUAGUUCCGGCCGGAGCCAGACAAAUAAAUGAGGGUUCAAAUGAUAUGAUAACGCCUGGCGAGCUUUCUCCAUACUUGAGAUUGUCAACAAUGCCUAAGAGGGACGAACUGGAGUUCUGA